AUGGCUGAGCGGUCUUCAGCAGCGGCCCUUCAACAACUAGAAUCCAAGAAUUUGGAACUUCAAUCUCUUCAGGAGCGACUUCUAAAAGUGGCCAACGAGCACGAAGAGUUUCAGGAUAAACAACUGCAACUCGUCACCAGUCUGGAAACUGAGAAGCGGAUUUUCAUGGAGCGCGUCCGAAGGGCCGAGAAAAAAGUGGAGCGCUUUGAAAAGGAAACACAGGCGAAGUCACCAAUUAACCCAAGGUCGCCAUCUCCCGUAUCCAAUGGCCGUGGCACUUCACGCACCUCUGCCAGUGGGGGCGCCAAUCGCAGCAGCCACGAUAGUCAGUUGAACUUCCUCAACUCAAUUAUCGUUGACCUUCAUGCUAAAAACGCCGAGCUCGAGCAACAACUCCGCAGUGCCCUCGAAAAUCACAGCAGAGGAGAUGCCAAUGAAAAAACGAAGCCUCUUCAAAAGGCAAAGGAAAAGCAUACGUCAAGCUCGAAGCUACGAUUCUGGUGUGACAAUUGUGAAGUCUUUGACCUCCACGAUACCGAACAAUGCCCGAAUGAGCCACAAUUUUCCCGUUCCAACGUCGUUCACAGAUUGGCCAGAAAUGUUGUUCCUUCAACAGACAGAAAGUACUGUGACAACUGCGGCAUCUUCGACCUACACAACACUGAAGAAUGUACAGAGGACCCCCAGGAGACAUUUUGA